AUGAGUUUCUGUAUAUAUGAAUUAGACAUUGCUUUAUGCAAUAAUGAACAAAUUAUAAUAUAUAAUAUUGAAAAUGAUACAGAAACAACAAUUCAUUUACCUGAAUUGCAGACUGACAAAAAAAUUGAUGUACAUAACAACGUAAACAUCGAAACAUUUCACACGAUCACGAACGUGACGUUUUCGAAUGAUGGGAAAUACUUUUUUGUCUGUACAAAUCGUAAGCAACUAUGUCUAUAUGAAACAAAAACUCAGAAUAUUUUGUCAAAUAAAGUACUUCCAAGAGCUGCCAGUAAAGUGCAGUUUACUCCAAAUAAUGACAUAGUUGUUGCUGAUAAAACAGGAGAUGUUUACCUUUUUUCUAAUAAGCAGUUGGAUAAUGGAGUAUUACUUUUAGGACAUCUAUCAAUGUUACUUGAUGUGUUAAUUACUGAAGAUGAAAAAUAUAUUAUUACAACAGACAGAGAUGAAAAGAUUAGAGUGUCUAUGUUUCCAAAUUCAUACAAUAUUGUAUCUUAUUGUUUAGGACAUAGAAAAUUUGUAACAAACAUUUUGGAAUUGCCUCAUGACAAAAAUGUUUUAAUGUCUUGUGGAGGAGAUGGUACAUUUAUACUAUGGGACUAUAGGAUUGGAAAAGAAUUAUUAUCUAUUGAUUUUUGUAGUAAAAUAUCUACCAGUGAUAUUGAAAAGUUCAAUCUACAACUUCAAGAUUGUCAUUUAGAAGAAACUGUUGAAGUUUUACCUGUUAAACACUUAAAGCUUUUAGCACUCAAUGAAAGUUCAUCAUUAGCUGUAAUGAGCUUUUAUAAUAAUUCAUUUUUGUUGGUGUAUAUAAUUAGUGGCAUAUCAAAAUCAAAUUUUGAAGCAACGUAUUUACAAUCUAUAAUUACAAAUGGUGAACCAAUAGAAUGCUAUCUUUAUAAAGGUAAUUUAUGGUUAUUGAAUGAUACUGGAUUCAAAGUAUAUGAAUUUAAAAAUAAUAGAUUUGUACUAAGUGAUGUAAUGAACUCUAAAAUUAACAAAUUAAAUAGUUUCUGGAAAACAUUAAGAAGAGAUGCUAUCCAACAAAAUUUAUUUUCAAUUUUGUAUAAAAGAAAAUAUGACAAUGUACAGGAAUACUUGCAAAGGAAAAAAACACGUCUUGCAAACAUAUGA